AUGGUACCCGUGGUGCAAUCAAAGAAUGAUUCUCGGCCGCUGAGGAUUGCCAUCGUCGGCGGUGGUCUAGCUGGUGCCGCUGCAGCAGGUGUUUUAUCUCGACUACCCAAUGUCAAAGUCAGAGCAUACGAGCGAGCGCCAGCGAUCCGCGAAGCUGGUGCUCAGAUCGCAGUCAUGGUCACAGCGCUCAAGGUUCUUCGGCGGAUGCUCUCUCCAGCAGCAUGGGAUUACUUGCAAAGCAUGUUGUAUCGUGGAGAGGGAGCCGAUGGUAUUCAUCAUCGACAUUGGAGGACCGGGGAGAUCUUGUCUACAGCCACUUCCCCAGAUACGGCCCGUCAUAUGCAGGAGGGCCGGGUAUCUCGAGUCUCGCUGCAUCGGACUUUGAUGAUGGAUGUUCCAGAUGGGGUUUUCGAGUAUGGGCGUGAAGUUGUCAAGGUCGAGACUAGCUACCGGCAGAAGGAGGUUACUCUCCAUCUCAAAAAUGGAGAUACUAAAACGGCAGACCUUCUCGUAGUGGCUGACGGGUUAUAUUCGAAAAUACGUAGCCAAUACCUCCCAGAAACAGAUAUCACGUACAAAGGGUUGGUGGCCUACCGAAUCAACUUUCCAGCAUCAAAGCUGGCUCACAUCGGGGACCUCCCAAAUGACUCUUCGUCAUUCAGAAAAGGGUCUAAUGUGGUAAUAUUAUCUCACCUCGAACCGGGGACAUAUUCAUUUGCUGCUUUUCUCCAAGAACCAGAAGAAUUUGCCAAAUCCCUUAGGUGGGAGCAUGCAUUGGGCCAGCCGGGGAUUGAUAGAAUCAAGAGUAAACUCGUUGGCUGGCACCCGCUUAUUGGAAAGAUCCUGGAUGCAUUGCCUGGUAUCGAUGCAUAUCCACUGCAGGGGACAAAAUGGAUGGAACACCUCAUCCGCGACGACACUGUUGCGUUCGUUGGCGAUGCAGCACAUCCUACCGCCGGCGGUUGGGGAACAGGAAGUGCGUUUGCUUUUGCGGAUGUGUGGACACUUUAUCGCUCGUUACAUCGGACAUAUAGAACGAGACCAAAACCAAUGGAUGCAGACAAAGUGCCAUACAAUAUUCCAUAUGCUUUGCAUCUAUUCAAUGAGACGCGGCGACACUUUUUGCAGAGGGUAGAGCGGCAGUUCGACUAUGACAAAAUAGAUACGAAAUACGUGAGUGAGGCUCUAGGUGAUGAGGAGGAAUUUGUUUACCGGUACCGAGAACGAUACACAUCGACUUCGUGGAUCCUGGAGCACGACCCAGAUGCGCGGUGGCAAGAAGUUGAGGCGGAAGAGAGACAUCAGCAUGUUCAACAAGAGAAGAGGCUCAGCCGGUUGUAG